UGGAACUUUUGUUAAUAACCCAACAUUCUCUAACUAAUGCAUUUAAUUAUGUCCCAAGAAAGGCUAAAAAGUAUUAUGAUAACUGCGAACAAUAUGCUCUACAAAAACAGUUUAAAUAGCUGUUCGCAGUUAGUAACUCCGAACAGCCCCAAACCUCAAGUUUGAAAAUUUUACGCUUAUUUUUGGAAUAAAGUUGAAACUUAUACUAUUUUAUUCUUUUUUUUUUUUGAUAAAUUGCCUUAUGCAUUUCAAAUUUUCUCAUUCUACAUUCUACAAGUUAUUUUCCAAAUUGGAGUUUCAGUUCAUCCGAAUCCCCAACUUGCUUCUUCCUCUACUAUACUUCUGCUAAUUGGGUUACUCCACCCAGCAGCAAAAGAUUCUUCACUUGAUCAAGAACAGCCUGAUAGACAUAGUCCCUCUAUUUCAGCUAUGGCACCCGUUCAGCCGUCUCUUCCACAUACUGUUUCGCCUGCUGAGUUCCCAGGUUCAGUUCCUUUAGCUUCAGCUAUUCCACCCGUAAACCAACCACCUAUCCCACACGCAUUGCCACAACCAUCUCCAAAUGUGGGCGGAGAAUUACCUUCUUUUCCUGUAUUCCCUGCUGGUCUAAUACCCGGAAUGGUAAGAAAAAAGCAGAUUGGAGGCGGUGUACCCUACGCUUCAAUAAAUCCCCUAGACAUUCCAAUUCUCAUUCGACCAUCUGAUGUACCAGAAUCUGUUAUUUUGGAAAGAGUGUCUAAAUUUUUUAAGGCAAUAGGCGAGGUCAACCCUUCAGAAGGUCCUAUGAGUGGAUCUGAUCAGCGAGAUUCUCCUGUCCGAAAGGGAGGAGCUUGUAUCUCUCCACCGUCAACCUUGCAAACAGGUGCGGAGAAAGAAACCGAAGCUGGAUCGUUGGGCUCUGGAAGGCUAGGCCUUGGAGCUCCCACAAUUCCAAGCGAAGCAAACCAAUAUGAUGACGUUUAUUCAAGUUAUCGUAAACAGAUAAGCGCCAACUACCAUAUGUCAUUGGCUGUUAAGGCAGGGUCAAAAUAAGCCAUAGUAGAGAAUUAUUGUGCUAAGUGAUCAAGUGUAGUAGAGUAGAUAACAGAGUGAUAUUUUGAGUUAGAUGUCAAAGUAAUCUAAUUGUGGAUGCAAGCCACUGGAUGGUUCAUUCAGUCAUUCUUCAGUUUUACAAUUUUGAUAUAUGAAAUUGCAUUUCCGUGAUA